AUGGUACAGAUUAUUGGUCAUAGGGCUUAUAAGGGCAGAGGAGAAUAUCCUGAGAAUACGCUCCUAGCAUAUGAUAAGGCGUACGAGGCUGGUGUUGACGUUAUUGAAACAGAUAUUCAGAUGUCAAAAGACGGAAUUGUGGUGAUAAAUCAUGAUAGUAAUACAGGCAGGAUAUACAAUAAUGGUUUUAAAAUUAAAGGUACGACCUGGUCUCGUUUGAAAUAUUUGCAUGCUAAAGGCCAUCCGGACGUCACUUUACCCUCUUUUCGAGAUGCCCUAGAGUGGUUAACAAGGCAUAAGAAUGUGAGGUUAAUGGUAGAUGUUAAGCUCACCAAUGAAAAGAUUAUAUUAGUAAAGGCAUUGGUAGAUAUGCUUUAUGUGGUGGAUGAUUUGUCCUAUUGGAGAGAGAGGAUCAUUUUUGGGUUGUGGAGUAUAGAUUGGUAUGAAUAUGGCGUACAAACCGCCGUACUGAAGGGAUUCCGGAUUGUGAACAUUACGCUAUCCCUUAGAACACUCGACGCCUUCAUCAAAUAUUCUGAAGAACUGGACGACCCCAACUACAAGUUAUACGGGAUCAGCUUACAAUUUGUGAGCACCUGGACCCGCGAAUUCCAACAAAAAUGGUUAGAAUUCUUCCGCAACAGCCCCAUAGAGCUCUAUUUAUGGACAGUUAAUAAAGAAAGUGACAUCAAGUACCUUUCGCACUUACCUGUGGCUGGAAUAAUUACCGAUUACCCAAACGAAGCUUGCAAGAACAAAGAAAUGUGGUCAGCUUUUAAUAAAUUACGUGAAUUUCCCUGUAUAACUACGAAAGAAGCCUUCAGGAUUUAUUGCUACCUAUAUAUUUACAAAAUGGUCGACGCCGUUGCAUUUUCCUCUUGGGCUCGUUUCCCUGUGAUCGGAGACAGGUCCUUUACCAAGCUUUGCUUCAGUUUAUUGAAAAAAACCCACUUCAUUUGA